UUUUAAAUCUUAAAAUAAUAAUAAUACUAAAAAAUAAUAUCGGACAAUAUUCUAUAUAAUUUUUAACUUCCAUCUAAACCAAUUCAUCUCUUCUCUAAAUCCAUUUUAAUUUAUAAAUAGAUUUUUACAUCUAUUCCUAUGUUAAUGUGUUGUAAUGUCAGAAAUUUAUUGAGGCCAAAAGAACAAUUUGGUUUUGAAUUCCCUCAAGAAAUAUUGCUAUCUAUAUUGUGUUGUUAGAAUUGAAGGAUGUUAAAUUAAAGGUUAUUGAGAAGCUAUAAAUGUUUUUGAGUUGAGAGUGUUGGGAAUAUAGCUUACAAAGAAGAGAAGUUUUUAGUUUGGAGGAAAGAAUAUGGAUGAAUUGAAUGUGGUAAGCAAUGAGUUGCCGGUUCCACUCAAUGAAAAUUCCCUAGAAGCUGAUCAAACUACCCACAAAAGAACAAAAUCCACUACAUUUCCCACGAACUGAAGUUUCUUAUCGAGUCCGUCACCUUCGUUACAUUAUCCUUGUAUGCUUUCUAUCCGACUUUUUCACUUCCAUACAAAAACGCACCCCAAAAAUCUGCGAUCAGGGUGGUCGUUCUUGUUUUGUUAUCUUGUGCAGAUACUUUGGCCUCCAUGUGUACUGUUCACACAUUCCUAAAGCUCGUUGUUUUUGUCUUUGUUUUCUUGGCUUCGUUUGGUUGGUAAUGGCUAUCUUUGCUUCCUCGUUAUAACUCCCGAUUCUCGUAUCCAUAUUCUCGUUGCAAAUAUCUAGUGGGUUUUCUUUUUGUUCUCUCAAUCAAUAUCAAACGGGUUUGUUAUUCUGUGUUUCAGAUAACCAUCUUCUUCAAACUCUUUAAUCUCUUUCUCUCUAAUCUUGCUUUCUUUUUCUUUCUUUUCUAAAAGACUUCUUGUUCAGUUUUGUAAGUGUUCUCUAUUCACUUUAGAGGUUCUGUUUGUUAUAGUUUGAUUCUUUUUCGGGAUUCCUCAAGAUUUUCGCUUUUCCAAGACUUUCCCAUCUUAAAGACUUUGCCUCUCUGAUCAUUCUUUGGUCAAUUCCAGUCUGUUAUGCCGCCUUCUUACUUCCCUCUUAGGUGGGAGAGCACCGGAGACAAGUGGUGGUAUGCUUCUCCCAUUGAUUGGGCAGCGGCCAAUGGCCUCUAUGAACUGGUCAGGGAGCUUCUCCACCUUGACUCCAAUCUCCUCAUUAAGCUCACAUCCCUUCGUCGAAUCCGCCGCCUCGAGACAGUCUGGGACGAUGAAGCUCAGUUCGAAGAUGUUGCCAAAUGUCGCUCUCAUGUUGCUAGAAAACUUCUCCUCGAUUGUGAAACAAAGAGGGGUCAUAACUCUCUCAUUAGAGCUGGCUAUGGCGGUUGGCUUCUGUACUCUGCUGCCUCGGCUGGGGAUGUGGAUUUUCUGAAGGAAUUGCUAGAGAGAAACCCUCUGCUUGUCUUUGGAGAGGGAGAAUAUGGGGUUACUGAGAUAUUCUAUGCUGCAGCGAAGAGCAAGAAUUCUGAGGUUGUCAGACUGUUGCUUGAUUUUGCAUUUUCACCAAGGUGUUUACUUAACAGUGGAGGUGAAUUUGAGGCGCAGUUGGGUAAUAUUGGCGCAGAAUGUUGGGGGGAGAUGAUGAACCGGGCUGUUCAUGCUGCGGCUAGAGGAGGGAAUUUGGAGAUGUUAAGGCUGCUUCUUGCUGAUUGUUCUGAUGUUUUAAUGUACAGGGAUGCUCAGGGAUCUACAAUCUUGAAUACAGCCUCUGGCGGAGGGCAGGUUGAGGUAGUAAAGGAUCUAGUAGCAUCCUAUGAUAUUAUCACCUCUACAGAUAAUCAAGGGAAUACAGCACUACACGUGGCUGCUUACAGGGGUUACUUACCCGUGGUAGAGGCCCUGAUUCUUGCAUCUCCAUCACUAGCCUCCUUAAAAAACAACUAUGGCGAUACUUUUCUACACAUGGCAGUGGAUGGUUUUAGGACCCCGAGUUUCCGAAGACUGGACCGGCAUAUUGACCUCAUGAAGCAGUUGUUAUGUGGUAAGAUCGUGAACAUGGAGGACAUCAUCAAUGUCAGAAACAAUGGCGGAAGAACUGUGCUUCACAUGGCAGUAACUGAAAACAUUCACUCUAAUCUGGUUAAGCUACUCAUGAACGUCCCAUCUAUCGGGUUGAACAUCCAGGAUGCCAAUGGGAUGACCCCUCUGGAUAUUCUCAAGCAAAGGCCAAGAUCAGCAUCUUCUGAUAUUGUAAUAAAGCAGUUGAUUUCUGCUGGGGGAAUCUCCAACUGUGAGGAUCGUAGGGCAAGAAGCGCCCUUGUUUCCCAACUAAAAAUGCAGAGUGUUGGGAACAGAACUCCUGGAACUUGUUUCAGAGUCCCUGAUGCAGAGAUAUUAUUGUGCGUUGAUCAGUCGAGCAAUAAGAAGGCAGGUUCUGUAAAUUAUGGUGCAGGGCGCCUGAAGCUCCUGCUCCAGUGGCCCAGCAGGAAAGAGAAGAAUGCUGCAGGGAGCAGAGAGUUUAGAGAUGAUUAUGAUUCUCUGGAAUCAUCGUUCAGUAUAUCUAGAAACAUGGAAGAUAGUCUAAUCCCACUUCGACAGAAGUACUCACAAUCAUCAUCCUUUCCAAACAAUCAUACAAGGACAUUUUCUCUUGGGGGUGAUCAUCCAAGCCCAUCCUCCAAAAAAAACUACAGACUGAGUUCCUUCGAUAAGGGGUUGAUGAACCAGUACUUCUGUUUUGGUGCUCAAGGCCUUGCUGUGGAAGAUUCAGUUCGCUGUGUGCAGCCGGAUAAGUAUCACAAGCGUCCAAGCUCUCUAGUAGCUUGAUUUGACUGUACUAAAAGAGAACUUCGACAGAUAUAAAGAGAUUAUAUAAAAGUAAAUUUACAAACUAACGUAGUUUCAUAAGAUCCGUUAGUUCUACUUUACAAUAAAAAUAACUUUACAAUUUGAUGUAUUACAUCAAAUCACAUCA